CAUGGCGCGCCUGUUGUGAAUAUUCUAACAUACAUACAUAGUUGCCCACAGGCAGACCGGUUUUAACGCUCUUUUUUGACUUUUCGAGUUGCGCCUUCGAGACGGCUCGGACAAGGGCCCUGGGGUGCGGGCUACGGUUACAGCGUACAGCGUCUAGACGACUAGUGGCUGCAAAGAGGCACAGAGCACUCGACAGUCGCAGGGCCAGGUUGCGUCUGGCCCGUCGAGCUCGCCAUGUCUAUAAAGUAGGUCCCAAUCUUCUUCCCUCUUGGAUGGCUGUCUAGAUGAAUACCCUAUCUGCGGCCUCACGAUGGGCAAGUCGGUGCUAAAGGCCUGGAUGCUUAGUUGGGCCAUGGUCCAUGAGACCAAGGGGCUGGUCCUGCUGCCGAACGAACGCAUCAUAUACACCUCCCCACUGCGCACAAGCAUAGCUCUCAAGUCCAUUCAGCCAGGCCCCGACAAGCAGUCCUUCGCCAGGCAGGCCAGCACCGGCCAUGUCCACCUCACCAACCAGAGAAUCGUCUACCUCCCCUCGCAACCUACACAAGAGUUUCAGUCCUUCUCCGCGCCCCUGCUGAACCUCAUAGACACCCACGUUGCCGCACCCUUCUUCGGCCCCAAUGUAUGGAAUGCAGUCGUCCAGCCGGUCUCGGGCGGUGGGAUUCCGGCUUCCUUUGCAGCCAUACAGCUUAAACUCACCUUCAAGGAUGGAGGGGCAUUUGACUUCCACUCGAACUACGAGCAGAUCAAGGAGCGUCUGCAACAAGCCGUCGAGCGGGCCAGGGAGAGCGGGCUGAUGUCCGGGGACGGGGCGCAGGUAGGAGGCUCCGGACGAGACGGCGGUGCGUUUGGCGUCGUCGACUUUGCGAAUGUGCAUCUCGAGGACUUGCCGGCGUACGAGAGCAAUUCUACCACCGGUAAUAAUCAUGAUAUAUCAGGAACACUCCCCCCACAAACAAUAACUACCACAAACACAACCACAAAGACUGCAACGGCCACAUCAGCUGCAAACGAGGAUAGCAGGUCCGGCCGGCCGUCGUUCGAGACGCCUACUGAUCCGCCGCCGGGGUAUGAGGAGGUGCAGCAGCAGAGCGUCGCCAACGAGCUGGAGAACCAACUCCGCCGCCGCCGCCAGUAG